UCAAUCCACAGCAAGCACAACAAGGCAGCUAUUAAACUCACUUUCAAUAAAAAGUAAACAAGCAAAAAGUAAAUUCGCAGAAAUGGCUUUCAAAUUCAUCGUACUCUCCGCACUUUUGGCCGUCGCCAGCGCUGGUGUCCUGCAACCGAUCACCUACGCUCAUGUCGCCAAUCCCGCCGUGGAUGCCGUCGCCUCCAGCCACCAGAAUGUGGUGCGCACUUUCGAUGGCACCGUCUCGCAAUACUCGAAAACCAUCGAGACUCCUUACUCCAGCGUACACAAGUCGGACACACGCGUCAGCAAUAAUGUCUACCAACCCGCAGUGGCCAAGACUGUUUACGCUGCUCCAGCUCCAGCUGCUGUCUACGCUCAUUCCGUUCCAGUUGCCAGGACUGUGGCUUAUGCCGCUCCAGCCCCAGUGUAUCAUCAUGAAGUGCCCGUUGCCAAGACUGUCACUUAUGCUGCCCCCGCUGUAGCCAAGACUGUCACUUAUGCUGCCCCCGCUGUGGCCAAGACUGUCACCUACUCCGCUCCAGUUCCAGUACCAGUGUACCACCAUGCCGCUCCAGUAGCCACCAAUUACAAUCAAGGCUCCGCUGCCACCACUUACACUCAUAACGCUCCCGGUGUCUCCGGUUAUGGUGCCAGCCAAACCGUCCAUUACUCUCCAGCUGAGACUGCCUCUCACAUGAGCUUCGAUGGUUUCGGUACUCACUGGGUAUCAGUCUAUAAACGAUCAAACAAUUGUAAACAGCAAAAACUUCAAUAUUUUACUUUAUUUAAUUCGCUAAAAGUAAAAUCUACAGAAAUGGCUUUCAAAUUCAUCAUACUCUCCGCACUUUUGGCCGUCGCCAGCGCUGGUAUCCUGCAACCGAUCACCUACGCUCAUGUCGCCAAUCCCGCCGUGGAUGCCGUCGCCUCCAGCCACCAGAAUGUGGUGCGCAACUUCGAUGGUACCGUCUCGCAAUAUUCGAAAACCAUCGAGACUCCUUACUCCAGCGUACACAAGUCGGACACACGCGUCAGCAAUAAUGUCUACCAACCCGUCGUCACCAAGACUGUUUACGCUGCCCCAGCUCCAGCUGCUGUCUACGCUCAUGCCGCACCAGUUACUAAGACUGUGACCUACGCGGCUCCAGCACCCGCUGCCGGUUUGUACACACACGCUACACCCGUUGUUGCCAAGUCUAUCUAUGCUCCCGCUCAACCCCAUGCUCUUGUUGCUGCUCCAGCUGUUGCGAAGACCGUCACUUACUCAGCUCCAGCUCCAGUAUAUCAUCAUGAAGUGCCGGUUGCUAAAGCUGUCAGCUAUGCUGCUCCAGCUCCGGUUUACCACCAAGCCGCUCCUGUAGCAAUCCACUACUCUCCAGCUGAGACUGCUUCGCACAUGAGUUUCGAUGGUUUCGGUACCCACUGGGGUUGGUGA